AGGUGUGGUUGUGAGUGUUUGUGCGUUCCUUGGCGGCGAGGGCUGAGUCUGACAUUUGGAACGUAGAGAGCAGAAGGAAUUGGGCUUCAACAGAAAGGCUACCAUCAAAAAUCAUCAUGUUGGUUCUUCUAGCCGGAAUCUUCCUCCUUCACCUCACCAGCAUCAUCCUCCUCCUAGUGGCAACUAUAGACAAUGCCUGGUGGAUGACAAAAAUCGUGUCCACUGAUGUGUGGGCCAGGUGGAUACUGACCAAUGGAACCUGGAGCUCCAAUGAUCUCCCCGGCCAGUACCCUCAAGAAUACCUCCAGGCAGUGCAGGCUAGCUCCAUCCUGGCCUGCAUAUUCUCUUCCCUUGGCCUGUUUGUGUUUGUGGGACAGCUCUUCACUCUGUCAAAGGGACAGAGAUUCACCUUCUCUGGCAUCUUCCAGCUCCUAGCCUGCCUGUGCAUCAUGAUCGCUGCCUCCAUCUACACAGACAUCUUUCACAAGAAUGAAUCGGAUGGUUGGUAUGGCCACUCCUUCAUUCUGGCCUGGAUCUCCUUUGCGUUCACCUUCAUCUCCAGUAUAAUCUACUUUGUCCUGCGAAAGAAGACCGCAAACUAGAAGCAGAAGACAAGCCCAAACCCAAGGGACAGGCUCAAUAUCUUACGAUCUGAUUGUUUUUUGUACAAUUAGGUAUGGAUAUGAGUGUGGGAUACAAAAGGGGAGUUAUCCACAGAUUUUCUGGCUUGAAUUUUGAUUAAUGGAUCUCUUUUGGUUCCCUGAAGUGUGUCUAAACAUAUUGUUAUAACUUACCUGUCCUGCCCACAUAGCUAUAACUUACCGGUCCUGCCCACAGUUAUAACUUACCUGUCCUGCCCACAUAGCUAUAACUUACCGGUCCUGCCCACAGUUAUAACUUACCUGUCCUGCCCACAUAGCUAUAACUUACCUGUCCUGCCCACAUAGCUAUAACCUACCCAUCCUGCCCACAUAGUAAUAACCUACCCAUCCUGCCCACAUAGUAAUAACCUACCUGUCCUGCCCACAUAGUAAUAACCUACCUGUCCUGCCCACAUGGUAAUAACCUACCUGUCCUGCCCACAUGGUAAUAACCUACCUGUCCUGCCCACAUAGUAAUAACCUACCUGUCCUGCCCACAUGGUAAUAACCUACCUGUCCUGCCCACAUGGUAAUAACCUACCUGUCCUGCCCACAUAGUAAUAACCUACCUGUCCUGCCCACAUGGUAAUAACCUACCUGUCCUGCCCACAUGGUAAUAACCUACCUGUCCUGCCCACAUAGUAAUAACCUACCUGUCCUGCCCACAUGGUAAUAACCUACCUGUCCUGCCCACAUGGUAAUAACCUACCUGUCCUGCCCACAUAGUAAUAACCUACCUGUCCUGCCCACAUGGUAAUAACCUACCUGUCCUGCCCACAUGGUAAUAACCUACCUGUCCUGCCCACAUAGUAAUAACCUACCUGUCCUGCCCACAUGGUAAUAACCUACCUGUCCUGCCCACAUGGUAAUAACCUACCUGUCCUGCCCACAUGGUAAUAACCUACCUGUCCUGCCCACAUAGUAAUAACCUACCUGUCCUGCCCACAUGGUAAUAACCUACCUGUCCUGCCCACAUGGUAAUAACCUACCUGUCCUGCCCACAUGGUAAUAACCUACCUGUCCUGCCCACAUAGUAAUAACCUACCUGUCCUGCCCACAUGGUAAUAACCUACCUGUCCUGCCCACAUAGUAAUAACCUACCUGUCCUGCCCACAUAGUAAUAACCUACCUGUCCUGCCCACAUGGUAAUAACCUACCUGUCCUGCCCACAUGGUAAUAACCUACCUGUCCUGCCCACAUAGUAAUAACCCUACUCAUAUAUUCGUUGGAGAAGGUACAGGGCAGUCAGAGUUUUGACCGACAGUAUCUCAUUAUUUCAGAAUCAUAGUCCUGAACUAUUCUUGCUUACGUUUGAUUUAUUUCUCAAUUAGGCUCAUAAUAAAACAAGGCCAAAACUCUCAAAACCAGAAGAAUGAAUUGACUAGUGCCACAAACAGAAUCCAAUUUGAGAAACUGUCAACGAUCAUUACCCCGUUUGACUUACAGCCCUACUGUAGUGUGCUGAAUAAGACAAAAAUAUGAUGUAUUCGCCAAUGUCCAUACAUUGAAUGGAACAUUAGUACUAACCUCACUGCUAAAUGGACCACUCCUCUUUUUAGUUAUGUAAUUAUUGUUGCCAAUUAUUUUAUGCUUUGUACCAUUAGUCUUAUUGUGUAGGUUAACUUCCGUUUGUCUGAAUCAACCUAUCCCCCAGACACACCCAUGGACUGACAGACAGACGGAUAGAUCUUGAGUGCCUUGAAAUCUGACAGAGCAUAUUUGCUCGCUGCACAUUGAGAUAUAUGUGUAAAUAUGAACAUGUUUGGUUCCACAUUGUGCUUUGUAUGUCUAAUGCAAUUUUAUUUUUGUUACUAUUAUCAGUAUGAUAAUAAUUUGUAUUAAAACCUGAUUGAAAUCUAA